CCCGCACACGACACCGUUUUGAUGUGGAAAAACUUUCGCCAGCCACACACAGUACAGUUUUUCUUUCUCGUUCGCGCACAUAACAACUCGCCAUCAUCAUCGGAAUUUUUCAUUUUCAUGUUACAGAGCAGCAGCAGCAGCCACAGCGGCAGGCAGGCAAGCAGCAGUGGAAAAAUCAGUUUUCGAUCAGACUCGCACUUUUCAUGAUGCGUUGUCAUUGCAAGGAGAACCAUCAGAAAAAGUGAAACAUUCCUCCACCGUCGCUGCCGUAGACAUUUCAAUAUAGUCAGCCCGACGGGAAGCGAACUAUACUGGGGAUGUUGAACUAUUUUUAGUGCAAUAAAUGAUUCCUUUAGGGGAAAGUGAUUCGUGUUUUUGGCGAUUGAAUUUCAAAUUGAAUUAUUCGCAGAAUCGGUGAAAAGUUGGCGGAGAAGAGAGCCGAGAAAAAAAUAGUGACGAGUUAUGUGAAUUUUCAUCUUUUUCUUGUUGUUCCGCGUCCAGUCAAGUGUAACGCCAGCGAAACUGUGAUGAUUUGAACGGAUUGAUGAAAUAAUUGUGGCAGAGUGGAAAUUUUUUUCCUACGUUGAUUUCUGUUGGUUUUUAGGUUCCACAAAGAGUGUUUUGCGUCUGUGUGUGAAAGGUAAAAAAAAAAGUGGGGCGUAGGAGAAAAGUGCUGCGGCAGACGGCAAAGGACGAGCAGGACGACGACGGCGACGGGAACUAGGUUGUCUGGAACAUCCGGAAAAGAUGGCAGCGCCCAAGGAUUUGGAGCUCUUGCGGACGGAAAUCGAGCGCCUCAAUCGGGAGCUCGAUCAGGCCAGCAGCGAGAAUAUUCAAUCGGCCAAGUACGGUCUGGGGUUGCUCGAGGAGAAACAAUCCCUGCAGUCCAAAUGCGAGGAACUGGAGGCUCUGUACGAGAAUGCGAGACACGAGCUGGAAAUCACACAGGAGGCAUUGAAUAAGUUUCAAAAGUCACAACAAGUUACCACCAAAAGUGGCAUCGAGCAGGAGGAUGCUUUGCUCAACGAGUCUGCGGCGAUGGAAACGUCGCUCAAUUUGCAAAUCCUGGAGCUCGAGAACGAAACCAAACAGCUACGGCAUGAGCUGGAACGGGUCACGAAUGAACGAGACCGGAUGCUGCAGGAAAACUCGGAAAUUGGCCGAGACAAAUCCGGUGCGGAGGCGGAACGAGCCCGGCUAAAGGCCGAGCUCAAAGACAUGAAGUACAGGGAAACACGAAUGCUCAGUGAUUACAGUGAAUUAGAGGAGGAGAACAUCACCCUUCAGAAGCAGGUGGCCAGUUUGAGGAGUUCACAGGUGGAAUUUGAAGGUGCCAAACACGAAAUCAGAAGACUCAGCGAAGAAAUAGAGUUGCUCAACUCGCAAGUGGAAGAGUUGGCUAGCUUAAAAAAAAUUGCCGAGAAACAGAUGGAAGAUGCAUUGACCGCAUUGCAAAUCGAACGCGAAACGAAAUAUGCACUGAAGAAGGAGCUUGAUACACAUAUCAAUCGGGAAUCGAUGUACAACAUUAGCAAUCUGGCAAUCAGUAUACGGGGAAUGGAGGAGAGCACGCUGAAUAGCAGCGAUUGUGAAGACGAAAUGCCUACCUUGAAAGACUCGACACUCAAACGAUUGGAAACCCUGGAGGCGGAAACAGCGGACCUGAAAUCUCCGGACGGUACCAAGGUCGAUCUGUUCUCGGAGAUUCAUCUGAACGAACUGAAGAAACUCGAAAAGCAAUUGGAAUUCAUCGAAAACGAGAAGCUCUGCUUGACUGUCAACCUCCGGGACGCCCAGCAGAAUCUGGACAAGAGUCAAAACGAGAUGCAGAACUUUAUGGCCAAGCUUACGCUUUUGGCUGCCCACGUCGAUGCGCUAGCGAAUCUCAAGAAGCAGAUUGCGGCCGAAGACAAGUUCGCAAAUGUGUCGAACAACAAGGACAAGGUGAUGAACGACAAGCUGAACGAAGCCAUUCUGCAGUACUCGAAUUGGUUCACGCUCAGUUCGAAGGAAAUCGAUACCUUGAAGGCCGAUCUAGUCGAACUGCAAAAGGGUCUGAACUGCUCAGACGCCAUGGCUGUGCUGCGUAAUGAAAUUACCAACCUAAAGAAUAAGUUACUAUCCUCAGAGCAGAAAUCGCUGGAUCUACACAGCGACGUUCAGGUACUGACAACACUGUCACAAACCGCAGGCCAAAGUCUCAACUCCACCCGUAGCAAUCUGGUAUCCCUCAGCGACGACCUCGCCCAGCUUUACCAUCUGGUUUGCACAGUCAACGGCGAAACACCUAAUCGUGUCCUGCUGGAUCACAAGAACGACGAUCUAAGCUUCGACAACGACUCCCUGUCGGCAAUCCAGUCACAGCUUAAAUCCGAUCUCCUAACCUCAAAGCCGCAUGUUUUCGAGGACCUGCAGGCGCUGAGCGAUGCUGUCGAGAUCAAGAAGUACGUCGACACAAUCAGCGAUCAGAUCAAGUACCUCAAGAAGGCCGUGGAGCACACGAUCGAGCUGAACAAGGACAAGGUAUCGGACGUGGCCGCGGGUGACAAGGAUGCCAAGGAGGAGAUUGCCGACCUGCAUGAACAGAUCAUCAAGCUCAAGAGUCUGCUCUCGACGAAGCGAGAGCAGAUCGCCACCCUCCGAACGGUACUCAAGUCGAACAAGAACACGGCCGAGGUUGCGCUGACGAACCUCAAGUCCAAGUACGAGAACGAGAAGCUGGUGGUGAGCGACACCAUGUCCAAACUGCGAAACGAACUGAGGAUUCUCAAGGAGGAUGCCGCUACCUUCUCGAGUCUCCGGGCAAUGUUUGCUGCUCGCUGCGAGGAGUACGUUACGCAGGUUGAUGAGCUGACGCAUCAGCUGUCGGCAGCCGAGGAAGAAAAGAAGACUCUGAAUCAACUGCUGCGACUCGCCGUGCAGCAGAAGCUGAGCCUUACCCAGAAACUGGAAGAACUGGAAAUGGAUCGCGAAAUGCGUCACGUCCGGCGACCAGCGAUGCCAGCUCGAGGUGGCGGCAAGUCGGCUUUCUCGCGCGGGGUCCCCGCCCGCAGCAGCAACCAAAAUCCGAACAACAGCAGCAACAAUCCGAACCAAGCAUUCUUCUAACAUAAGGUUAGCGUACAGCGUAAGAUCCUAGCCUUUCUUUACACUCUGCUGAAGCUGUAAGGAUCCAACUCUCCGUCCUCAGCCUUCCCGGCGGGGAACAUCGUCCAACUUUUUUUGAGUUUCAUCACUAAAGGACGUUUCUUUUUUCUGUUUUGUUUACUCCUCUUCUGCGUGGUUUCCUUUUGAAGAAGGAAGCCACCACGGUUUGGGGAUACGAAUCCUUCCAUCCAAUCAAAAUGGGUUUUUCUCGUUUUCCUAGUAUGCUCUGUAUUGUUUACCGCAGUACAUCCAAGGUGGGUGCUGUCUCACCUGUUCUUUUUUUUUUGUACUAUACACAGGUCGAAUGAACUACUGUAGUAAGCCAGACUAAAUGUGCGAAUGUGUGAAGAAGCAUAUAUUUUUUAAUAAUACUGUAGGAUAAACGUCGAGUUGCGGGAAAAAAAAAAUAUCGGGGUCUUCCCGAGAGAAGAAAGUGCAUACUUGAAGUAAGGCGAAUGUGUGAAAGUAUAUCGUUAAUUUAUUUUGAUAAGAUUAUAAUAUAUUACUACUCGAAACAGUGGCUAACAAUAUUCAAACCGUUUACUAUUGCUAUUUGUUUAGGGAUACAAAAGGGGAAGAUUGAACACUGUCUUCAGCAAACAGAAGAUACGCAAGCUGUGCGCGAAACGAUGAACAAGAUGCAAACUUUUUAAUUCACUCGUCGCUUCCCUUGAGGAGAUCACGAGGUAGAUUUAGUCAACGAGAAAAACUAAUAUUUACUUACAGACAAACAUGCAUAUUAUUAUUGUCAAACAAUGAUGUUAUUGAUGAGAUUGGAAAAUUGUAGAUAUUUAUUUUGAAGAACGUUUUUUUUUUCGUUUGUAUUCAUGUGCAAUAAAGUUGAUCAUUUUUUACAUUUAUGGUUUCCGUUUGGUUUGUCAUUCAUGUUUCAUGGUAAAAUUAUCGAUGAUUGAAAAUCAACACUGCAUGGGCGAAGAGUGAUAACAUUCUCAGAUCCUAUUUUACAAUUGGACCAAAUCUAUUUUAGAAUCUAGAACAGUGACUAAAAUUAACAGAAAUAUUUGCUCCGUUCGUACUUUUUCGGAAACAAUUUUUUAUGCCAGCAGCGUCACAUGGGAACAUCACGCUGCUCACAUUUUUUCGUCUAGAUUAGUUUUGAACGUGGUGUUCCGAACAGUCUGUUCCGUAUCUUAUGAAUGACCUGUGUAAAUUUGGUAGCUUUUUAAUACACCCUGUGGCAGUUGGUAGUGGUAGCUCAUGUAGAAUAUAAUAACUAAUAGUGAAUCAUUAUUAGAAGCUUAGAUUUGGACUUUGGUAAUCGCUGGCCGGCUUCCGGUAGUAAAGAGAGCCGCAUCAAAUUAGCUUGUUGAAGCAAACUAGGUUUAGCAGUAACAUCAAGCAUUAAAUUGACUAUUCCUUGGAAUUAAAAUGCGCGCUUUUUAGAAGAUUUGUUUGCCGAUUAGACGAUACAACGUGCAUGAUUUGAAUCAGAUAUUAGAGGAAACAGACAUAAACUCUUCUAGAUCGAAUAAUUUUACCAACCCAGUUUAGGUUCGAUUUUUGUUAUUAAUUUCCAGUUGUCAUCAUCCUAUCGACACACUGUUGCCGUAUGGAAAAAAUAUCACAAAAAUUUACUGUGACAAAGCGAAAAGCAAACAUCACAAUUCUGUCCUCACGUUUAGGAAAAGGAUAUUUUUUUCUAUCAUGAAUCAAUGUUAAGUGAAACAAAUCAGAAGCGUCCAACAAAAUAAACUGACAAAAAAGUAAUAAAUUCCGAUUAAGACCUAGGAUAAAAAAAAAAAACAAAUUUAUUUGUGAACACAAUAAGGAAAAGUAACGAAGAAAAUCACCGAGCCAUUUAUUUAUUUUAAAAGUUAAGAAGAAAUCUGAAUUUAAAUCUAACUGUACGAAAAAAAAAGACACAGCGAACGAAUCUUACAAAACAAAACAACUCCCAAGUAACAGUCCAUCAGUUUUCGAUUCGCUGGAAUACAAAAUAUAAGAUGCCACUAAUAAGAAUAAAUUAAUCACCGUCCCUUUUUACGAGAUCGAAGUAAAAGUAAAAGCAAACAAAAUCGUGAAACAUGUGUGUGUAAUGUAACAGUUAGUAGAAAAUCAAUAAUCUCAUUUAUCUGAUUGUUUGAUAAUAACUGUUGAUUGUUAACCAUAGAAGAAAACGUGUGAAACAUUCAGAAAGUUUUUCAGUUAGUUAAUUGUUUCGCUUUUUAUGAGUGUACCCUGGCGAAGCAGAUGCGGCUCUUGCCGAAUCGUUCUUAUCCAGGGUGCCUCGUUUUCGUUUCGCUUGAUACGUUUGUUUUUAAUUUUUAACCAGCUUUUACAGUGGCUUGUUAUGAUCGAAUAAAGGUGAGAAAGUUCGAACAAAAUGCAAGGAAGGAAGAUCGAAAAAAGCAAUGUUUUCUUUCCAAGGAACACGUCGUUACCCGACAAUUUUCGUUGUAGCGACAAACGUAGUUGAUUAACCGAACAAAAACAAAUAAACGAUAAACUUAUUCCAUCUGACACAAAUGAAACGAAAAAAGUAAAAGUUACUGUCCACCACAAGAGAAAUAACCGCAUUCUAGAGAUUUUAGUAGCCAUAGCCAACCAGAUAAUGUAGAUGAUAAGUUCGGUCCGGGAGAAUAUCUGUAGUAAAGAAGCACAUUGGCCAUUACUAGAACAUGUCUCGUCAAAUAGAAAACAGUACCCUAGCAGUUUGGGAGUAACAACUAAAAGCAGCGUUAAUUGAGAUUUGUUCUGUAGAUAGCGAUUAGCAAACAAACAAGAAACGUGAUAACACGACUACUCAACUAGCAUCCGUUUCCAUUUUUGUCAAUCUGUUAAUAGUUACAACAUUAGCGAGAACACGUUCUACCAUACCAGAUUCAAACGUAGUAGACUUUAUUCAUUGUAGUUCACUCCAUCGUCCUUGGCCAAUUGCGCAGGAAAAGUAAUUGAGUUAAGCACGCAAGGAGAAUACCUAACCUAAUAGACGUUUACAAGUUUUUUCGAGCAGCUAAAACCGCGUUCAUUGAAAAAGUUCCAAAACUAAACGCGUACAGAAACAAGAUAGCAUUGUCCCGGAAAGAGAGCAUGAAGCAAGAAAUAUUCUAAAAUACUGACCUUCAGUCUCGAAUUGUGUUAAGUUUCUGCAUCUAUUCCCAGUUUUUAGUGCAAUGAUCAAGCUUAUGAAUAGGAUUUACAUCGCAAGUUUAAGAACAUUGUUUUUCGACGAGCUUAGUAGCUAGAGCAAUAUAAACGUUCGUAUUUAAUUGAAAAAAAAAGAA